AUGUCUUGGUUUUUUCAAUCCAAAAUCGCCAAGUCACAUUUUUACGUCUGGUAUCUUGGGUCAAAGGAAGCCGAUGGCGUUCGUGGAUCCGCGGUAAUUUUUUUCCUUCUUAAGUCCUAGAAUAAUGCUUCAAAACGAGUGGUCAUCAAAAAACAGUUCAGGUGGUCCUGCCAGCCAUGCGGCAACUGCUCAAGGAGAGCUUCAAAAAAACGCCAAGUAAAGCGACUGUUCAGGUUUCUUUCUUUUUCUUUUUUUUCUCAAAUUUCAUGAAAUAAUGUUCUAAAAAAGUUGAAGUGUAAGUUGUAAAACAAGGAAACCCUAAAAUGACUACUUAAGGGAAAUUUUCAUGCAUUCUGGUUUUUUUAAGGACAUAAACACAAGAAAAUACACAUUUCGGAACUUUCUAAAAGAAAACCUUUUUGAAAUUUGUACAUGCUCCUUUGAAAUUCUCAGAUAGGGCUUUUGGAAAAAAAUAUACGGUUUUGAUAAGGGCAUGGUUCAUUAAACCUCAGCUCAUAUAUACAUAUAUGAAACGCUUAAAGAUUGUUUUUACGAAUUUUUACUUUUUUUCAGGGUUUUCAUCAAUUUUAUAAUUGUCAUGACCAUUUUUCUGCUUUUUUAGUCUAUUUCUCAAAAACAUCAAAAUUUCAACCACUUCAUUAUCUAUUUCAGAUCUCUUCAAAAGGCCUCAAGUUGAUCCAAUCCGUACCGGCCAUGUCAAGAAGCGGCAAAGUCAAAAUGCAGCUGGUAAAGUUCCAAAUCGCCGCCAACUGUAUCACUUACAGGUUUCCACUAAAGGAUUUUCAUUCUUUUACAUUAUAUAAAAAUCAAUUUUUUUAAUUUUGAACACUUCUGAAUUAAAGAAAGAGCGCGCGGCUUACUUUUCCCAGUGGAACGCCACUUUUUUGGUCAUAACUUUUUUCUUAGUGUGAACCUUUUUUUGAAAACUAACGGAUUAAGAAUAUGGACAAUCUCCUCUACACGGCGUUUUUGUUAGUGGAAGAAAAUGCGAAACCAAAAACAAGUUGGGCGGAGCCAAAAUAUCCGCCGUUCCCACGUGACGUCAUGAGAACGGCAGAGAUUCCGACUCUAAAUAACAGGGUAUAUUAAAGGCACAGGCCGUCCUAUUGUCAGAGGUUUUUAAGACGAAUCGAAACUUCUCUACAUAAUAGCAAUUUUCUGCGCGAAAGCGGCGCAGUGCAUGCACACGACGCACUACACUUUACGGAGAAAAAGUGGGCGUGGCGUCGUCAAAAAAGCGCCGUGUCUAUCGAACAGUCAAAAAACAUACUAUUUGAAUUAUUUCGAAAAAACGGCUUGCGGUCCAUAUCUUCUGCAUAAUAGCAUUUUUCUUCAAAAUUAAAGUCUCUAAUAUUUUUUGAACCCGAAAAUCUUUUCGAAACUUUCACUUGAAUUACUUUCAUGAAACAUUCUCAAUAAAAUAUUUUUUCCCGCCGCAAAUUUAGACCACUCUUUCUUUUUUCGAUACUCCAUUUCAUUAACGUCAAAAACACUGAAUUUCUCAACUUACUACUAUUUAUCCCAGAUCUCUUAUUCCGUCCUUAAAUUUGACCUGCCUUUUUUGAUAAACCAGUUCUUUUUUCUAAGAUUCGCCCCCGCCCUCUUCAGAUUUUUUUCCGAUCAAAUGAUUUCACUAGAACUUCAUUUGGCUAUUUUGAUCAAAACUGAAAGAAAAAAAUUUGAACAAAAAUGAAAUUUCACGUGAAAUGCUUCUGUAAAAGUGGAUUGAAUAAGUUUCAACAUGGAGUUAAUAAAUCUGGAAAGCGAAAAUUUCUCGAUUUUUCGGCGGUUAUUAUUUUAAAUUAAAGUCAGAACUUGAAGGAAAACCCAGGGUUUCAGAACAUUUUCUCUUCAUUAUUGUUCAUUGAAAUUUUUCAAUUCAAUCAAAAUCGAAGCUAUAGCCUGUGAACCACGACUUGAAAUUUCACGGAACGACACUCCGCUGUUCCGAUGCGUGCGUUCGCAAAGCGUCUUUCGAGUCUAGGUCACGCUUUCAAUUGAUUGUUAUUGCUGUGAGAGCACAUGAAAGUAAAGUACUUUAAUAAAAGAAAAAAAUUAAAAGCGCGACCAAAGUUCGCAAAGGCGCGCAGUGUCACAGCGGAAUGUCGUUUGCUGAAAAUCCAAGUCGUAGCACACAGGCGAUACACAAAAAUGGUCCCCCCGAUUUCGCCACUUUUUUGCUUAUAUAGACGAUUCACGGCUAGCUUGGGACGCAAAAAGGCGUGGCCUGUCUGCACUCUCCACCAACCAGGGCACUGUCUUGUCUCUUUUCGUGGCAGGACCCUUUUCUCGAUGGCUCAAGCCAGCCGUGAAUCAGCUAUAAGUUAUAACUUUUUCCAUUUAUCAUAUUUUUCUUUUCUGUUUUCGCAGUUAGCUUUCAAUUGCCAUCAGCUUCCUUUUCAUAUAGCUUUAAACUUUAUAUAACUGACUAUGAAAAUUGUCCUGCGGCCCCUACUUAAAUCUACUUUUCCUCAUGAGGAACAGCUAGAAAUUUUCCAUUUACAGCAUCACGGGGAAAGCGCCAUUCGACGACGUCGUCGGAGUGGUCAUGUUAGUGCUGAAUCCAGAGAUGCAGUCUCCGAUGCACGUUCAUUGCUACCGCUGUGACAGUGCCGAGACCGCCCAGAUAAUGCACGCUAAUCUACAGGUUUGGUCAAGAAAAGGGGAUCGAAAAUGAAGUUAGAAGCAAUAGUUUAGUGAUCACGACUUUUCUGACCUGUCUGUGAUCUCUUAUCCCUCACCAGAAAGAUCAUAAAACAUGGAAAAAGCAAGUGAACAGGAGAGAGUGCAUUUCUUCAAGUAGUGGUGGAAUUGUUGGACUUAUGACGUCACUAAUUUUAAAAAAACCGACUGGUUCAAUUUCAACAUAGAUAACGUCAUUAAAAAAACAAUAUCAAGCUUGAAAAUGCUCAAGGGAUCCCUAGAGUGAUUUCUCCAACAAAAUCGGAACUUACAGUUAUUGCUGUCCCGUCCCGACGUUCAACGAUCGAUAAUGGACCUUGAACAUCGACUUUUCCUCUCCGGCUUGUUGGUCCCCAGGAGGUGAGCCUUAAGUGUUCCCUUGAAUGAUUUUAUUGCAAUUUCACCUGUACUAAUCAGGUAAAAACUAAAGUCGAAACUCGAAAAACCUCAUUUCGAAACUCGGAAAGUAUCCCAAAAUACUUUUCAAUCAAACAUUUUAACCACCGAUACUUAUAAGCUUGUAGUUUAAACCAAUAAUAAUAGUUUUGUUUUAGAAAUCAUAGAAAUAGAAUAGGAUGGAACUAAAAAAAUUGACCUUCGAAUCUUCAAAGUUUUAAAAAAUUGCUUAGAAGUAAAAUUUUAAUAUUCCAUGUUUUCCUGAACACCUACUGAAUGAAAAAUCAGAGUGUGAUAGAGAAAAAAAUUCUUUAUAUUUUCUUUUUUUACGGUUUUAUCCUUUUUCGAGAAGAUAAAGGCAAAAGAAGAGAAUGAACCCUGAAGAGAGGCCAGAGAGAAAAAUUUUCUCAUUUUCUCUGCCGUCUCUUCAGGCUUCGCUCAUCUCUUCGUCUCGGCUCUUUUAAGCUUAUUCAAAAAAAUCAUAUAUUUUUUUAAAAAGUAAAAGGGCAAGUCAAACCACUGAAUUAAAAGCUUUCUACUUGAGUAACCUAAAAAAAGCUAUCCUAAAGUCUCAGAAAUUGAACAAACCCAGGAUUUUAAGACCCAUCCAAGUCCUCUAGAGUCACCACUUCGAUUAGAAUGACAACUAAAGUGAAUAUUUCAAAAUUGAUUUGUGAUAACCCUCAACCAACUCCAGGCUCCGUCAGAAAAAAAACCCUCAAGUGACCACUUCCAGCGCCACCAACAACAACGUCAGACCGCAAAGGUCAGCUUCGACGUCCCGCGGAAGUCGAGGAACUUCAUCGAUCGACGAGAGAGCAUCGCCAUUAGAGAGGAUCGAGAGAAACAGAAGAGAAGAUAGUGAUGUCGACCAGAAGCCACGCCCCCACGCCAACAUCUCCAGAAGGGUCGUCGACGAGCUCAAGAACAAGCUGGUCGGCGAGUCGGGCGGAAGAAGCAGUCGGGAGGUUCGUUGCUCAUGUUAGCUGAGAAUUUCAACGGAUUGCAGAGGUACGAGAGUGACACGCGAGCUUCGCUGUCGGAGCUGCCAAUCGAGGGAGACUCGGCGAGGUACCGAAUGUUCGGAGACACGAUUAUGAGGGAGCCAAAGUCCAAAUCGCGCAGUUUGGACAAUUUGGCUGAUCCGCUGGUUUCUACGUGGGUUUUUUGGACUUUAAUUGAUUAUAUGACAAACUAGAAGAAACGGUCAAGAUCUUCAAUGACGCUAGAACAGCUAUUUGGAAUUUAAUCCAAGAUUUUGAAGGUCUCCAACACUGUAGAAGCUCAAAAAAAAAGACAUCUUGAGCUUCCAAUAUUUCUUCCUUUUUGAAUAACCUCUCCGAACCUACAAAAAAAGGGACAGGAAACUUGUGAUUUUUGAAAAUUACUCAGCUCUCAUCGAAACCCUCAAAGGAUCACUCACAUCUUUCCCGUUACUCUGAGAAGUCUUUGCUCUAGAUUUCAGCUCUUCUAGUUCUCAAAACCGUAACCAAAUCGCUUUUUCUUCAGAUUACGGUAUUACAGUAACUUUCUUAUAUGGAACUAACCCCAAAAAUUAGCUCAUCUUUCCAUUGAUUUAUUUCUAGUUGUAUUUACGGAACCUUCAAACUUUUCAAGUCGUCUCGAACCACGUGGUCCCUCACAAAAUCGCCUGAUUUUGGGAAUAUUCAAAAAAUGAUAGAAAAUUAUGCGAAAACUUCUCACUUUUUCAUUUUCAAAAGCAGGAGAAACCACAGUAUACUGAGCUUUUUUUUCGCAUUCGCUUCGAGACCUUUUAUUUAAAGACAUACGGUAUCUUUAACAGGUAUAAAGUUACAAGCUGACGCGGAAUAGGCUAUAACUCUCCAAAUUUAUUAUAUUACAGUAACCUUCGUGUCAUUCAAAUUUUCAACAAAACUUUAUUCAAACUCCAUUUCUAGAUUAAUUUUUUUUUUCUCAAAACCCUUAAGAGAUCACUCACAAUUUUCUCAUUUUUCUUUUGAUGAACAACAAUAGAUGAUCCAGCUCUUCAACUUCUCAAAACCAUGACCUAAUCGCUCUUUUUACUAAUUACGGUAUUACAGUAACCUUCGUGUCAUUCUAAUUUUCAACAAUUUUUUUCAAUAUUUAUUUAUAGCUGUAUUUUUUUUCUUAAAACCCACUAAGUGCUCCUCAACUUCUCAAAACCCUGACCAAAUCGCUUUUUUUUUUACGGAUUACGGUAUUACAGUAACCUCCGAGGCGGUGUGGACAUCCCGUCCCCACGACGGUUCCCUCGUUCCGACCUAACCGAUCCCUUUGGACAAUCCUACGAAAGGAUGAACUCUUUGGAAGGCUUCUGGAAGCAGAAAAUCCGACGAUCCAACAGCAUUCGGCUCGAUUUUUAA